GUCGUCGUCGUCGUCGUCGUCGUCCUACUCGUUGUCCUCGUCGCUGCACUAUAAUAAUGUCCCCAUCUCUCUUGGGGACAGCAGCACCAAUCUGCCGAGCUCACUUAACGUCUUCACCCUCACCGUUAAGAGGAGUCCGACACCUUCGUCUACGAGCCCCAGCAACACCCUUCUUCGCCCGCUCCUUCCCCUCCCGCCUUCCGCUCUUUACUCCUAACGGCAGGGCGCUUCCCAUCUCUCGAGCUCGUUUUGCCAGUUCGCACGGGUACGAAGAUGCCUACCAGAGCAAGCUCAGGCAGAUGCAAGCGUCGAAGAACCGGGGGUUGCUAUUCUACACCACUGCAGCCAUCUUUGUCACCCUCGGAAUUUCCUAUGCCGCUGUACCGCUCUACCGCGCCUUUUGUAGCGCGACAGGCUUCGGUGGUGCGCCUAUGACGAACACCAGGUAUACGCCCGACAGGCUCGGACACGUCGACCCCAACCGGCGUAUCAAAGUCCACUUCAAUGCGGACACGAGCGACGCCCUCCCGUGGACGUUCACACCGCAGCAGAAAUACGUGACGUUGUUACCGGGAGAGACGGCGUUAGCCUUCUAUAAGGCGAAGAAUGAUGGGACGGAAGACAUCAUCGGGAUCGCGACGUACAACGUCACCCCGUCCAAGAUCGCACCCUACUUCGCCAAAGUAGAAUGCUUCUGCUUCGAGGAGCAGAAGCUCGCAGCAGGGGAAGAAGUCGACAUGCCCUUGUUCUUCUUUAUCGACAAGGACUUUGUCGACGACCCCCAGAUGAAGGACAUUGACGAUGUCGUGCUGUCAUACACAUUCUUCAAGGCGCGAAGGACGAACAAGGGUCAUUUGGUACCUGAUGCUCCCCUGGAGGUGGUGGAGAAAGCAUCAGGCUUUGCGGACUACGAGCUCGCCAAGCAAGCCCAUGAUGACACGAAGACGGCUGAGGCGACGGUUGCGUAAUCCACGCUCCUCCUGGGUCGGGGGAGCCUUGUAUUUGGGCAAACUGACAUCAAAUUUCAACUUGCACGUGUACAAAACAUAGCAUCACUCAAUCAACAUAUUUCA